AUGUCAGCACCCCUCUAUCGCAGCCAUCCAUCACCUAAAUUGAAGCAUCUAUUGCUGCAGGUGCUGCCAUCGUCUUCCAUGAUGGCACAAGGUCGCUUGCUGUGUAUCCAAAACCACUUGGCGAUGGUUUGUGAUAGCCUUUGGGCUAUCAAUUCAAUGAUUGUUAUCCCUGAGAUGAGAAUGUUGUAUAAUAAUAUGUCAGAAAGGUGGACGUACUUUGGCAAGGUGUUAGAUGUGCCUCCAGAAUUUGCAGAUUGGGAGAGAGAUGUGGCUGCAGCAGUUAUAGAUGCGGGAGAGUUGCUCAGUCGAGUCAUGGAUUGGGAAGCAAGUUUGCAUCGUUCCAUUGUGGGUAACACCCAACAGGUGAACUUUCGCCAUGUUAUUCUAGUAGAGCUGAAAGAGAUGUUGUGCAACUUGAAUUCUCUUGUGCUGAGAGGAUCUUCAAUGGGUCUUCCGAGGGACCUUAUGGGUUCUAUGAACCCACUCCGAGAAGACUACUCAAUUGUCCUAAAAAAUGAGGUGGUGGCUAGAGAGGAAGAUCUAGAGAAACUCAUUGCAAUCUUGGAACGACAACUAGUAUCAUCCAACAACAAUGGUGAUGAUAACAAUCCGUUCGUAAUUGUCAUAGAUGGCGAACAAGAAGUUGGGAAGACGACCUUGGCCCAUAUGAUUUACCACCACACUUGGGUUCGCCAACAAUUUCAUCAUCGCGUUUGGAUGUAUCUACCUAUCGUUUCGACAUUCAAGAUGAUUAAUAUAAUUGGAAACGAAUUUGUAAGGUCCAUAAACAAGGAAGAAUAUUGUGAUCAGAAAUUACACCUAGACCUGCCGCUACUAGCCAUGUGGGAAUAUGUUAAUGAACAACUCUGUGGCAGUAGAUAUUUGUUGGUGCUUCAUUGUGAAAAUUUGGCUAGUUUGAUGCAACCAGAGUGGAAUGAAUUGAAGAACAUCUUGUUGCGUGUGGGCGGACCGGGGAGUGGAGUCUUGAUCAUCUACAAAACAUCAACAGAAUCAGCUGUAAGAGAUAUGAGUUUUCUAAAUGGGAUGAAGGAUAUUAUAACAUACUGCUUGAAUCCCUUAUCGGUAGAUACAUGGGUGGCAUUAUUUAAGAGACACACAGCAACAACAAUCCCAUCGAAGCAGGACAAAUUAGAGAAGGAUACAUGGCUCAUUCCAUUUGCUAGGCAACACUCCCUAGACUUGCCUAGUCAAACUUUUGGGGCAAAGGUUUUUGGAUCGCUAAUCCAUAUUAAUCUGGCAGCAUUUGAUCGCUCCUUUGUGGCACAAGAGAUUUUUAUGGUUAGGAAUUUUCCACUUGUCAUCGUAUGA